GGUUUCCAACUGAAACCAAGGGGCCCCCAAACUGCUAUAAAUCAACCCCACCCCUCUAUUUCCCCUUAAUCACUUUUAGCAUAAACUGAGAUCAAAAUUUGGGAUUCAUUUGAGAGAGAGAGAGAGAGAGAGAGAGAGAGAGGAUGAGCUCCAUUCAAUCUUGGGUUGCUGAGCACAAGCUCACCAGCAUUGGCGCGUUGUGGGCGUCGGCCGUCGGAGCCUCGCUCGCCUACACACGCAAGCGAUUGCCUCUCAAGCCCAGCCUCCGGCUCAUUCAUGCGAGGAUGCAUGCGCAGGCGCUGACUCUGGCAGUACUUUCUGGAACAGCUCUACUGCACUACUACAAUACGACUAAAAAUAUCGAAGAUGAUGACGAAAAUUACGCCCCGUCGCAGCAAUCGACGGGCGACGACGAGGAGGAGAGGUGGAGUUGGUAAACUUGCGGUAUAUUCCGACGUAUCCGGACCGGCUUUUCGGCGAAGCUAAAUGCUAAAAUGAGACAUGUAAAUGUUGUGGAAGGGGCAGUGGAGGGAGGGUUCUCUCUCACUGCACAUCUUUGAGUACUACUCUAUUAAUUAUAUCUGCUUUUCUAUGAGCGUUACAAUAUUUAGUAAUGUUAUCAUGUUAUUAUGAGCACUAAAUAAAUUGGCUUUUUUAUGUUUCUCUACAA